AUGGGACAGCUGAGCAAUGAAGGCUUGGAGGGUUCUAGUGUGCUUUACGAACCAUAUUCGUGUGCAAGAUGUCGAAAAUUGAAAAAACGAUGCUCGAAAGAAUCGCCUAUUUGCGUGAACUGUAACAAAGCCGGGGAGCCCUGCAGCUACCCCGGACGAGCGCCAAGAAGGAGUAAAAGAGAGCUGGAAUUGGAACGCCAAGAAUUGGCAGCUAUGGCAUAUGGCGAUCAAAAGGCUAAACGCUUGCAAAGAUGUGACUCGGAGCCUCUUGUGGUCUCAUCUGAGAGACUAGAGCGAAAUGGCAACAAUUCAAGCUAUGAGAGGCAGCAUGAGAGCGAUGCAGACGGAAUAAGCGGGCGUUCCUCUGGAUCGCUAUCCUCCAGUGCCCCCGCAAAUGCCAACAACGACGCAGUGCUUCAUAACAGCCCAGAGUUGAGAAAUACUUGGCAGCAACAUCAAGAUACGGGCCUGCGACCUACCAAAGACUUGCUUUUUCAUGAAAUGUACAAAAUGGACUCGGUUCCAAUUCGGGCGUCAUCGCUGCAGAUCGCCAAUGUAGCGGCAGUAUUCAAAGGGGGACGACACUCAAGCAUGCUGCAACCAAAUGACAAGGGUGCGCGAAUUGAGAGACGACUCUACGACCGAUUCAUCGCCGCUUACUUUAAGCACAAUCACCGAUCAUACCCUCUUUUGAAUAAAAUCGGGUUUUUGAACGAGGUCUCCACAAUCCAUGAGUUUGAAAACAUGGAGGGCAAUUACGAAGACACAUUUUUCUUUCAGCUGUACAUGGUAAUGGCAAUCGGAUGUACCACUCUUCAGCGGGCGGGCAUUUUGACUAAAGAAGAAGAAGAGCUCAGCGAGCAUUUCGCGUAUCUUGCGAUGCGGAAAUUCUGUCCUGUGAUGCAUUUACAAAAUGUUGAAACUAUCAAAUGCUUGCUCUUACUUGGAAUAUAUUCGUUCUUUGAGCCCCAGGGUGUCUCAUCUUGGACCAUAAGCGGUAUAGUAAUGAGAUUAACAAUCGGUCUAGGGCUGCACAGAGCACUAACGACCCGAAAAACCAAAUCCAUGUCACCCAUAGAUGUUGAAAUGCGGUACCGCGCUUUUUGGAGCUUCUACAGUUUUGAGCGACUCGUAUCCACGUCGCUGGGCAGGAUAUCAGCAAUCGACGAUGACGAUAUUAGCGUCCCCCUUCCUCACGCAAUGUACGCAGAGGAAACGGAGGACAUAGAAGUCACCAAAAUGAUGAUUGGGUUGCGAAAGAUGGGCGGCAUCAUAUACAAAAGAGUUCACAGCGUAGGGGCUGGGAAGCAAAAACUUUCAAACGAUGGCAAGCAAGAAAUAGUCGAUGAACUAAGAAAACAGAUUGAUAUGUUGUACGAACAGGAGCGAGACAAGAUACGAAAAAACAACUCUAUAAUUUGUCCGAGCAAAUCAAAUUGCAUUUCGUUUCACACUUCCGAUAUUUGGCUUGCAAUGCGCUAUGCCCAACUGCAAAUCAUGCUGUACCGACCCUCAUCGCUAAUUCCAAAACCACCCAUGGAAUCUUUGACAAUUCUUGGGGACUUCUGCUUACAAGCCCUCAAACACACAUACGCGCUGUAUCGGAAGAAAAUGCAGCCUCUCAACUGGAUUACCCUCUUCCGCACGUUGACCAUAUGCAACACCAUGCUUUACUGUCUCUGCCAAUGGAGUAUCGACUUAAUCGAGUGCAAAAUUGAAAUUCAGCAAUGCGUUGAAAUCUUGCAGCAUUUCGGGGAGAAGUGGGUAUUCGCUGCCAAAUGUGCUGCGGUCUUUCAGACCAUCAGCAAUGCUAUCCUGGAUAUAAGUCUGAGCAACGGACAAGUACCAAAUAUGGAUGACUUGACACGUGAACUCUUUGGCGCGAGCAACGAGUACCAAGAUAUCUUGGAUGAGAACAACGUUGAUAUUUCUUGGGUUGAAGGGCUUACAUAA